AUGAUCGUUCCGAGCCCUCAACCGCCGGCAGGUGGUCGGCCUGGUCGGUUGGGGCAGGUUCUGGGCCGAAGCCCGAGGGGCCAGUGGUACUGCUUGACCCCCUUUACCCUCCUCUGGGACGCCGGUUGGGUGCUGGCCAACCAGAGGAGGGGCCAUUACCGCCGGCAGUUGUUCAGCCUGCGCGGAAUGGGCUUGGCGCUCGGAUGCUGGGCUCGAGCGGUGGCCGGAGGCCUGGCCGACGUUGUUUGGAGACACUGA